UAAACUAAACCCCAAUCAAAAUAAAUUAACAAACAUUUCCUCUUUUUUUUCAGCUACUUUCUUUCAUCAAGAAAAGCAGUCAGACUGGAUCGUCAUGUUUUCAAACUUUUCUUCUGAGACUUUGCUGACUCUGUCUUCACUGGGUUUUUCAUCCAUAUAUAUUUAUCCAGCAUUUGUGUUUGGGACUCUUUUCUAUCUGAUUAUUGUUUUUUGCAAUCUGCUGGUAUUAACAACCAUUGCUGUGAGUAAAAAGCUCCAUAAACCUAUGUUUAUUCUGCUGUUUAGUUUACCAGUCAGUGACAUUGUGGGAGCAACAGCUUUUUUUCCUCACCUUGUUUUUAGCAUCUUGACACAGAAUAGACUCAUCUCCUCUGAGGCAUGUAUCACUCAGGCUUUUUUUGUUCAUUUCUACGGCACAGGAAACUUGAUGUUUCUGACUGCGAUGGCGUAUGACAGAUACAUGGCUAUAUGUUCUCCUCUAAAAUACAAUGCAGUUAUGAACUCCCAAAACUUGUUAAGAAUAAUUUGUCUAAUUUGGUUCCUUAAUUUUGCAUUGAUGUUUACCUUGUUUAUGCUUCUAGCCCGCUUUAAAUUUUGCCGCACAAACAUUGCAGAUUGGUACUGUAACAAUCCAUCAUUGCUUAAACUGGUUUGCAGUGACAUCACAUUGAACAACUAUUAUGGGCUUUUUACUAUAAUUCUUGAUAUGGGAGCUCCGCUGAUUUUAAUAUUGUACACGUAUGCGCAGAUCCUGUUCACAUGUGUUAAAACGAAUAAUACAAAUGGCAGGAAAAAAGCCAUUCAGACCUGUAGCACACAUUUAGUUGUUUUUCUUGUCUUACAAGUCAAUACAACCUUCACAUUAAUCUCUCAUCGUUUUGAAAAUGCUUCUCCGUUCCUGAGAAGGGCUUUGGGAGUCUCUGUAUUAAUUUUUCCACCUUUCUUGGACCCGUUAAUAUAUGGUCUGAGAACCAGGGAACUGAGGCAGUGUAUGGUAGUGUUUUUAAAAAGAAACUUUAGCUUCACAAAGUAGUCGUUUUAUUACAGCCAUCCUGAAUGGUGUUUCCAUAAUAAAAUAAAAAUAAAUAAUUAAACAAAUGAAAUGCUUUUUGACCAAAAUUUGUAUUUCAAUAUUUCUAGAAACAGACAUACAUUCAUAAAUAGAUCGGAUUUUGUUAAAAACAGCAUAAUGUGUUUGUUACAAAAUGGUUUGCAGAAAAGAAAGAAAAAAAAAGUGAUUCAAAAUUAUGACGGAACUCUCCCAAUUA